AAUGACGAAAUUGCAGGUGUUUGGCAAAUGGCACCACAUUCCAAGGAAGCAGGUCACCUAUGGAGACCCCGAGUUAACGUACACGUACUCGGGCGUCACCUUCUCUCCCAAGCCGUGGAUCCCAGUUCUCAAGCGUAUCCGAGACCGCAUCGCUUUGGACACAGGACAUACUUUCAAUUUUGUUCUUAUUAACAGAUACAAAGACGGUGAGGACCACAUAGGCGAGCAUCGAGAUGAUGAGAGGGAGCUGGUUCCUCGCAGUCCUAUUGCGUCCGUGUCCUUCGGAGCCUGCAGGGACUUUGUUUUCAGGCACUGUGCUUCCCGAGGGAAAAACGCGACGCGCCACAUCAAGCCCAUCAAGUUGCAGCUCGCCCAUGGGAGCCUGCUGCUGAUGAAGUACCCCACCAACGUGUACUGGUACCACAGCCUGCCCAUCCGCAAGAGAGUACUUGCCCCAAGAAUCAACCUCACGUUUCGGAAAGUGAUGGCCAUAGCUAAGAAGGAUUCCAUUCUGACUACCUUCCACGCUGAUGGUGAAUCCUGCUAA